UGUUACAAUCAGUAACCUGUUACAUUUGAUGAUUUGAAUGAAAUUUGCUGUUAUCAUCUUAUGUCUAAUUUUUUCUUUCUCCUGCUUUUUCUUUAACUUUCAUUAAAUUUUUGGAUUCUUGUAGCUGUGAUCUUCUGUUAUCACUUUUACCUUCUCCUGUUGGACGGUUCCCAGUCAACGAUAGGAUCUUGCUGGUGAAAUCAUGGCAUCUGGCUCGAAGGCCUCUCCCAUUGUUAUCGAUGGAGCUCCCAGCAGCAAUCCCGUUACUCAUCCCCUCAUGGCCAGUCUCAAUACUGCUGCGGCUCAGUUCGCCAACAUUCCCGGAGCUGCUAAUCAGCAGAAAUAUUCGCUUUUGUUAGCCACGAUCGACGAGAUCGGGAAACAAAUCCGACCAGCUCAUACCCUGAACAAGAACGCGAUGGAGCAAAUGAAACGACACAUCGCCUUUGCCAAGCUCCUUAUUCGAGAGUUAAUGGCGCAGGUGGACAUGAAUCUCAGCACUAUGGCAGCGCGGGAAAGAAAGGAGUCUGGAUUUAUGCCUUCAGGGAGCACCAAUGUGAUGGUGAGGAAGAAACCACCCACGACUACCGUUGUGUCUCAAGGAGUCAUUAGAAACAAUAAUUAGUUGUGGGGCGCUGUGGCGUUACGGAACUGUGGUGAGCCGCUGGCGACCAAAAUUCUGUAAUGACUGACGGCGGCGUGGUACAUCAGAAGCACUCAGCACUAUUGGGAACGGAGAGUCGCCAGUCUUCGUUUUUAUCUCAAUGGAUAUGUUUGUUAGUUGUUUUUUAACUGGUAAUUUGUUGCAGCUUCUAUAACAGCCAUUAACAGGACUGGAGAGACGUUAUAAAGUAGCUUCCAGAGAUCGCACUGGAAAGUUGUUUUUGUUUCUCUUCCUGCUUUUUCUAUGCUUAUUGGAGUUUAAAAACUAAUCGGCACUCUGCAGUGCUACUGUACGUCCGUCGAAAUAAGGUCAUACGGAUAAAUUUUCCUCAUUUUAUCUGUUGCGACGUGUCUACUUUGGUCUCUUUGUAACGUUAAGUAUUAAGUCUGCUGUAAUAUUAAUCUACCGGUGCUUACCGCGCCAGGUCUGUUCCAAAAAGUAAAGCA